UUGUUCUUUUGUCUCCAUUUCUUCUUUUUUCUUCUGUUCUUUUGUCUCUCUUUCUUUCUUUUUUGUUCUUUUGUCUCUCUUUCUUUCUUUUUUCUUUUCUCUUGUCUCUCUUUCUUUUUUUUUCUGUUCUUUUGUUUCUCUUUCUUCUUUUUUCUGUUUUUUUGUCUCUUUCUUUCUUUUUCUGUUCUUUUGUCUCCAUUUCUUCUUUUUCUGUUCUUUUUCUCUCUCUUUCUUUCUUUUUCUUUUCUUUGUCUCUCUUUCUUUCUUUUUCUGUUCUUUUUGUCUCUUUUCUUCUUUUUCUGUUCUUUUGUCUCUUUUCUUUCUUUUUUCUGUUCUUUUGUUCUUUUCUUCCUUUUUUUCUUUUUUGUCUCUCUUUCUUUCUUUUUCUGUUCUUUUGUUCUUUUUCUUUUCUUUUCUUUUGUCUCUCUUUUUUUUUCUGUUCUUUUUCUCUUUUCUCUUUCUUUCUUUUUCUGUUCUUUUGUCUCUCUUUCUUUUCUUUUUUCUUUUCUUUUUUCUUUUGUUUUGUUCUCUCUUUUUUUUUUUGUCUUUUUUUUUUUUCUUUUCUUUUUUUUUUGUCUCUCUUUCUUUUCUCUUUUCUUUUUUUUCUUUUUUCUUUUUUUUUUUUUUCUUUUGUUUCUCUUUCUUUCUUUUCUCUUUUCUUUUCUCUCUUUCUUUUCUUUUUCUGUUCUUUUUUUUCUCUUUCUUUCUUUUUCUGUUCUUUUUUUUUCUCUUCUUUUGUUUCUUUUUUGUUCUUUUUGUCUCCAUUUCUUUUUCUUUUUUUGUCUCCAUUUCUUUCUUUUUGAACUUCUUUGUUUUUUUCUUUUUUCUGUUCUUUUGUCUCUUUCUUUCUUUUUUUUUUCUCUUUCUUUCUUUUUCUUUUCUUUUGUCUCUUUUCUUUUUUAUUUUCUUGUCUUUCUUUUCUUUUUUUUUUUUUUUUGUUUCUCUUUCUUUCUUUUUUCUGUUCUUUUGUCUCUCUUUCUUUCUUUUCUUUUCAUUUUAUUCUCUUUCUUCCUUUUCUGUUUUUUGUCUCUCUUUCUUUCUUUUUCUUUUCUUUUUCUCUUUUUUUCUUUUCUUUUUUUUUGUCUCUCUUUCUUUCUUUUUUUUCUGUUCUUUUUUUUGUUUCUCUUUUCUUUCUUUUUCUGUUCUUUUGUCUCUCUUUCUUUUUUUUUUCUGUUCUUUUGUCUCCAUUUCUUUUCUUUUCUUUCUUUUGUCUCUCUUUUUUCUUUUCUUUCUUUUUCUCCAUUUUCUUCUUUUUCUUUCUUUUUUUUUUCUUUCUUUUUUUCUUUUUCUUUUCUCUUUCUUUUUUUUUUUUCUUUUUUUUUUUUUUGUCUCUUUCUUUUUUCUUUUUCUUUUUUUUUUCUGUUCUUUUGUCUCUCUUUCUUUCUUUUUCUGUUCUUUUGUCUCCAUUUCUUUCUUUUUCUGUUCAUUUGUCUUUCUCAUUUCUUCCUUUUCUUUUUCUUUGUUUCUCUCUUUUCUUUCUUUUCUUUCUUUUGUCUCUCUUUCUUUUUUUCUGUUCUUUUGUCUCCAUUUCUUCCUUUUUCUGUUCUUUUCUCUUUUUUUUUUUUCUCUUUUUUUUUUUCUCUUUCUUUCUUUUUUCUGUUUUAUUUUGUUUCUCUUUCUUUUCUUUUCUGUUCUUUUGUCUCUCUUUCUUUCUUUUUCUGUUCUUUUUGUCUCCAUUUCUUUCUUUUUUUUCUGUUCUUUUUCUCUUUUUUCUUUCUUUUUUUUUCUCUUGUCUCUCUUUCUUUCUUUUUCUUUUUUUUGUUUCUCUUUCUUUCUUUUCUGUUCUUUUGUCUCUCUUUCUUCCUUUUUCUGUUCUUUUGUCUCUCUUUCUUUCUUUUUCUUUCUUUUGUCUCUCUUUCUUUUUCUUUUCUCUUGUCUCUCUUUUUUCUUUCUUUUUUUUUUUUCUGUCUCUCUUUCUUUCUUUUUCUUUCUUUUGUUUCUCUUUCGUUCUUUUUCUGUUCUUUUGUCUCUCUUUCUUUCUUUUUCUGUUCAUUUGUCUCCAUUUAUUUCUUUUUUUUUUUUUUUUGUCUCUUUUCUUUUUUCUUUUCUUUUGUCUCUCUUUCUUUCUUUUUCUUUUCUUUUGUCUCUCUUUCUUUCUUUUUCUGUUCUUUUGUCUCCAUUUCUUCCUUUUUCUGUUCUUUUGUCUCUCUUUCUUUCUUUUUCUUUUCUUUUGUCUCUCUUUCUUUCUUUUUCUUUUCUCUUGUCUCUCUUUCUUUCUUUUUCUGUUCUUUUGUUUCUCUUUCUUUCUUUUUCUGUUCUUUUGUCUCCAUUUCUUCCUUUUUCUGUUCUUUUGUCUCUCUUUCUUUCUUUUUCUUUUCUCUUGUCUCUCUUUCUUUCUUUUUCUGUUCUUUUGUUUCUCUUUCUUUCUUUUUCUGUUCUUUUGUCUCCAUUUCUUCCUUUUUCUGUUCUUUUGUCUCUCUUUCUUUCUUUUUCUUUUCUUUUGUCUCUCUUUCUUUCUUUUUCUUUUCUUUUGUCUCUCUUUCUUUCUUUUUCUUUUCUCUUGUCUCUCUUUCGUUCUUUUUCUGUUCUUUUGUCUCUCUUUCUUUCUUUUUCUGUUCUUUUGUCUCUCUUUCUUUCUUUUUCUGUUCUUUUUUUCUCUUUUGUUCUUUUUCUUUUCUUUUGUCUCUCUUUCUUUCUUUUUCUGUUCUUUUGUUUCUCUUUCGUUCUUUUUCUGUUCAUUUGUCUCCAUUUCUUCCUUUUUCUGUUCUCUUGUCUCUCUUUCUUUCUUUUUCUAUUCUUUUGUCUCUCUUUUUCUUUCUUUUUUAUUUAUUUCUACUUUUUGUCUUCUUUUUCUUCUUUACUUGCUCCACUUUUUCUUUUGCCCUUUUCUUUUCCCUUUUGGGUUUUUUUCUGUUCCCCUCUCUUUAUCUCUCCCUUUCACUUCUUUUUUUCCUACACUUUUUCUUAACUCCUCUAUUUCUUUAUUCUCAUUAUAUCUUUUUUCUUUUUAUUUUCUCUUAUCUUUUUCUUUCUUGCCACCUUGUUUUUCCCUCAUUUUUUACUGCUUCCCUUUCUCCUCUCUCUCCUUUCUACCCUCUACUUUUCUCUGCCAAUGCCUUACCCCUCCUUACUCUCUUCUCUACUCUUUCCCUCUCUCUCUCUCUUGUCCAUAUUUCCUCCUUUUUUUCUCCUCCUUUUGCCAUCUUUCUCUUUCUUAUGAUCUCUUUUUCUCUCCCACUUUUCUGUUUACGUCUCUCUUUUUCUUCUUAUUUUUAUUUCUCUCUCCUUUUUUAUAAUAAUUUUCUAUUUCUUACAGUCUCCCUUUCUCUCUCUCUUCCUAACUGUCUCUCUAUUACUAUACCAAUUGCAAUAAAUGGGUGUUCUCUCAGGGAGGCCCUGUGA